AUGCGCAAGACUCCAUCACUAAUGCCCUCUUUCCAGCUAUGUCUUGCUCAUUACUGCGACCUCCAUGGCCCGACCCCUUUGAUGGUCACAGAGGGACUGCCGGCUUCAUGUACUGUCUGUUUUGAGGAUGGUGCAGAUACUGCCGAUAAUCGGCCACGAUCCAGUGCGCAUGCGUCCUCUACUGCCCUCAACGAUGCAUUGAAGAACCUUGAUCUUUCUCGAAGUGCUUCAAUGCCAGCUUCUGAGCAAGACGCACAAGCGCAACGGAAAGCGCUAUUGCGAAACUCGAGCUCGAACGCCGGCGCAACCCCCACAGUCAUUGACACUCCUCCCGAAAGCCCGCGACCGGCCCCUUCCCAACACCCACGACGCGAUUCUAGUUUUCGAAGAACUUACGACGAGACGGUCACGAAGAAACAAGGGCCUUGCGAUAACUGCGCAAUGACCUUACCACGGCAACAGGCAGGAUCGAACAGUGCUCACUUUGCGAACACCACACGUGGACCGACAUUGCGCACCCGCGCGCCAGCAGAACGAGUAUUUGGCGCAGGAGGACAGGCCUCACCACCCAAUUCGCAAACCUCGAGCGAUACUGAUGGUGAGCGGGACGAUGACACUCGGACUCGGCAAAGAACGACACCCUCGGUCAGCUCACGCAACACGUCGCGGUCAAGCAAGAGUGGUGGUACAGGAAAUUCGACCGCAGCGGAACGAACACCCUUUCAUGUCCACUAUGUCGAUUACACAUCUACCCAUGAUCCGGUACUACCCGACUCGUUCUCCCUUAUUCGUGCCUCUUGCUUGCGCACUCUGUCCUUCGAGACGUUACCUCGGGCUCCAUCUACGGCCAACCCCACAUCACCUGUUAUGACUUCCUCCCCGGCCUUUGUCACAACACAAAGCGCCGGCUCGGCUGUCACGGGCGGCCCCAUUUUUUUCGGCGAUGCCCUGGCUGGUUACACAACUGCUUAUAUCUUCCGUAUUCCUGACGUACAUGCACGGGGUCAUAAGCGAGUUUAUGCGUUCUUGGCGCUAAGUACUCACCGAGAACGUCUGGCCAUGAAGACGUUUGCCGUGGUCUCGACAGCUUUCCGUGAGCUCGCUACCUGGAUCCAACAGCUGGCAGAGGUCGAGGCCGAGCGAGCGGCCGAGAACUCUCCUAUUGGUAGCAGCAUGUACGGGGGUGGCUAUGCCCCUCCACAACCAGCUGUUGAAUCCUCUGGAGGCCAUGAUCGCAAUGGCAGUAGCUUUCUGACAGGCGGCAGCGGGUUUACCCGACGGAUGGGCGGUGGUCCAGGUGCCUCGGCUCCCAAAGCCCGCGGUCUUGCGGAGAUUGUUGGGCAGCCUGAUAUCUUCAUUGAGCUGCAUCGACGGUUCGUCCACCUUCUCUUUGAAGUCGGUGUUACCUUGAGCUCGUAA